CGUGUAUUUGCAGUGGAAGACGAGCAUCCGUCAACUCUCUCGCCCAAAAAAAAGCAGCGCAAUGGGGGGAUGCGAAACUCACCCAACUGCUCGCCUAAAAUGAUGAGUCGACACGAUCCCCUUCUAAUUCCUGGAAAUGAGCAAAUAGAAAACAUGGACAUGAACGUGAAGCGGUACGACUCAACUGGGAUGUUCCACUGGUGCCCUUCCAAAGACAUCGAAAAGGUCAUCCUGACCCGGAGUGAAGCCUCCAUGACUGUGCUGAGCGGCCAUGUAGUGGUCUGUAUAUUUGGGGAUGUCACGUCUGCCUUAGUGGGGCUGCGAAACUUGGUGAUGCCUUUAAGAGCCAGCAACUUCCACUACCAUGAGCUAAAGCCUAUAGUUUUUGUGGGCUCGCUGGACUACCUUCGGAGAGAGUGGGAAACCUUACACAACUUUCCUAAGGUUUCCAUCUUACCCGGUACACCAUUAAGUCGGGCAGAUUUAAGGGCUGUCAACAUCAACCUCUGUGACAUGUGCGUAAUACUGUCAGCCAAUCAGAACAAUAUCGAAGAUGCCUCACUGCAGGAUAAGGAAUGCAUCUUGGCAUCACUCAACAUCAAGUCUAUGCAGUUUGAUGACAGCAUUGGGGUCUUACAGGCUAAUUCCCAAGGCCUCAUCAUCAUUAAGCAGCUAGUACAAAUCACCAGGCAGGCCAAUUCAGCUGCUCCUCAUUAG